AAUAAUAAUAGCUAGCGCCUAGCAGGUUUAUGUAAUGUAAAGCAUGUCUUUGCUUUUCACCAACCACUGACAACUCCACCUCUUCUUCCCCAUUUUUCACAACCCAGAAAUCCAAACCCUACAACUUUACUUACAAUGUGGCUUUCAUCAGCUGGCUUACUCUGCCUAGGAUAAACCUCUGCUUCACUCUCUGCUUUGUCUUCUGUUUUACAUUUUUGCUGACUGUCGGCGCUCAUCAUUUUCAUAUGAAUUCAUAAAACUCUGAAUUGCUUACGACAAUGGAAUCCCAGCUUAAGAAAAGUCUAACUAAACCAUACGGUGGUGUACAGUUGUGGGUGAUAAUUGUUAUUUGUUUAUGUUUAGUUUGUGUAGUGAUCAUGGUGGUUUCGUUAUGGAUCUCUUUCAGAAAGAAAACUAGGAGAGACAGUACACUUCCUGUAACUCAAAGACCCCGUCUUUCUGAGGAAAUUAAAGAGAUUGGUGUUGAUCAUAAUUCAGCUAAUGGAGGCGUUCAUGAUAAGUUUAGCGAUAAAGAAUCGGAGAAAGGGUUGAUUCUGUUAGGAAAUGGGGAUGAUAGCGGCCACUCGGGUUCUUUCGUUGACAAGGAUGGCGUCGGGUUUCAAUUAGGCGAAGAGGGAGCUAAACGGAUAGGUUCUGAUUACAGACCUUCUUCGCAUCCCUUGAGUCCUCCUUCGCCGCUCUCUGGCCUGCCCGAGUUUUCGCAUUUGGGUUGGGGUCAUUGGUUUACCCUUAGGGAUCUGCAAGUUGCAACUAAUCAGUUUUCCAAGGAUAAUAUUAUUGGAGAUGGUGGAUAUGGAGUUGUGUAUCAGGGUCAUUUGAUUAAUGGUACUCCUGUAGCUGUUAAGAAGCUCUUGAAUAAUCCAGGACAAGCUGAUAAGGAUGUUAGAGUUGAAGUGGAGGCCAUCGGUCAUGUCAGGCAUAAGAACCUCGUUCGACUUUUGGGGUAUUGCAUUGAAGGAACCCAAAGGAUGUUGGUAUACGAGUAUGUCAAUAAUGGCAAUUUAGAGCAAUGGCUCCAUGGGGGCAUGCGCCAACAUGGUCAUUUAAGUUGGGAGGCUCGCAUGAACAUUUUACUCGGCACUGCUAAGGCGCUGGCUUAUUUGCAUGAAGCCAUUGAACCAAAGGUGGUGCACCGUGACGUAAAAUCAAGCAACAUAUUAAUCAACGAUAAUUUUGAAGCCAAGAUAUCUGAUUUUGGUCUGGCCAAAUUGUUGGGUGCUGGAAAAAGUCAUAUUACGACUAGAGUCAUGGGUACAUUUGGAUAUGUUGCCCCAGAAUAUGCGAAUUCUGGUCUUUUGAAUGAGAAAAGUGAUGUUUACAGCUUCGGAGUCGUGUUAUUAGAAGCAAUCACCGGAAGAGAUCCAGUGGACUAUUCUCGUCCUGAGAAUGAGGUUAAUCUGGUAGAGUGGUUGAAGAUGAUGGUUGCAAGAAGGCAAUCAGAAGACGUUGUAGACCCAGUGAUUGAGACAAGACCAUCAACAAGUGCCCUUAAGCGAGCUCUUCUAACUGCUUUAAGAUGCGUUGAUCCAGAUGGCGGAAAAAGACCAAAGAUGAGUCAAGUAGUUCGAAUGCUUGAAUCAGAGGAAUAUCCCAUACCCAGAGAGGAUCGAAGACGACGACGGAGUCGGGCCUCCAUAACAGAGACCGAGACAGAGCCUCUGAGGGAGAAUUCUGACACUGAAAAGAGCGACAUUCGGACAGGUGGAAGAAGCAGCCAACAGGCAUAGACAUGUGGAUGUGAAUCAUUUUUAAUAUCUUAGAAUCUGCACAAAAGCAAAUUGAAACACACAAUUUAUUUGACCAUCCAAAGAGUCGACGGCUCCGGUGUUCUAAAGCUGCAGCUGAGCUGAGGGAGGAUUAUAUCCUGAACAAUAUAUAUCUAUUUACAUGCAAUAGUGAUUACUUUACUUGUAGGUAGAGAAGAUUAUUGGUUUGUGUCUGAAAGUUGGCUUGUCAAAAGGACACCCUAACCAGGAGCGGUGUGUACAGAUCUUGGUGAUUUUGUUAUACAUGUAUAUGUUUAUUUGUUCCUUAUUUUUUCGGGUUGUAGAGAUGCAUAAUUGGUAAAGAUGAUUUCUGCGUUCA